CCGACAGGCGAUUUCCACAAGCUUAAUGCAGAAGGCGUUGUCGAAGAUGAAAGAUAGCGGCGAUCUAUUUCUUCAAACGUUUAUUUUGUACGUAAUGGGGGUGCUAUUAGUACCAACUAGAAGAGAUGACAUUUCCUUGUCUUCGGUAUACGUUGUCACCGAUGUUGCAGACAUUCCAAAGAAGAAUUGGGCAUCCUUUUGCUUCAAUGAAUUGGGCAAAUGCAUCUGCGACCAUAAUGCUUAUAGGAGAGAGUAUAUACCGGGCUGCGUGCUGUUUUUGGAGUUAAUAUUCUUGGAGCAUGCAAAUGGUAUUUUCCAAACCAUUGAUCGGAGUUUGGAUUUGAUGAGUUGGGGGAGCGGAGAU